AAUAAUUUUUUCUUUUGAAAGGCUAACUAUUGUUGCGUGAUUUUAGUCAGUUCCACAUUAUUUUCGCAUAACAUUUACAUCUCAUACCUUAACUUUAAUACCUACAAAAUAAACACCUAAAACUUGUAGCCGCUCAUUGUUGCCACCCUUGAUCAUCGCUUCAUCAUCUCUCACGCCUCCUCUAAUAUGCCUUUUAUGAGAUACUCUUCGGAAAGUGACGACGAUGGAUGAGUCGGGGAGCUGGCUGAGCAGCAAAAUUGCAAACAUAUCAAUUCGCGGAAGUCUCCUAGCCUUCCAUCCCCAAGCAUUUCUUGCCUCUAUCCGAAGAAGAAAUCCAGAGGGGAGAGAACGACUACAGGUUACAGAAACAGCAGUCGGAUCGCUCAUCUUCUUCCCCACCACCAUUAACGGGUUGCAGCAGUGUUGUGGAAGCCGGGGUGACUGGAAUGACAAAUGGAGGAAACAAAACAUACCUCUCCAAUCCUCGGAUGCAAUAAUCCAGAGGAAUCCAUGGUGGGCGGAGCCGCCGCCACCAAAACAGUGGGGCAAUGCUCUGUAAUCAUAGUUUACAGAGCCAAGAUUGGAGGCAAUCCCCGCAUCGUGACGGUAAUGUGGAACAAAACCCUCAUUAGCCACUCCCUCUCCAUCGUCGUCGACCGCCCAGACUGCAGUUUCGAGCCUGCAUCCACCUGCAAAAUUGAUAUCAAACCCUGGCCCUUCUGGAUCAAGAAGGGAUUCAAAUCCCUAGACGUCUGCGGCCACCAAAUCGAGAUUUAUUGGGACCUUCGCGCCGCCAAAUUCUCCACCGGGGGCCGACCGGAGCCCAUCAGCUGCUACUACGUCGCUCUUGUCAGCGGCGAGGAGGUCGUCCUCCUUCUCGGUGACUUGAAGAAGAAAGCCUAUAAGCGAACCAAGGCAAGGCCGUCGCUGGACGAUGCGACGAUGCUAUCAAAGAGGGAAAAUUUGUUUGGGAAAAGGUCUUUCCCGACUAGGGUUAGGUUUGAAGAGGGGAAAAAGGAGCAUGAUAUUGUGGUGGAGAAUUUGAUAUCGACGGGGAGCGGGAUGGAUGCGGAAAUGUGGAUAAGUGUUGAUGGGGUUGUGGCGAUCCAUGUGAGUAAUUUGCAGUGGAAGUUUAGGGGGAAUAAGAAGGUGAUGGUGGAGGGUUUGCCGGUGCAGGUGUUUUGGGAUGUGCAUGAUUGGUUUUUCAAGGCGGAGGGGUUGGGGCAAGCGUUGUUUAUAUUUAAGCCAGGGGAGGAGAUGGUGGUGGAGGAGGAGGCGGCGACGGAGAAAGGGAAGAUGAUCGGAAGUGAUGGGAGUUGGUCCGGUGAGGAGGCGGAAAAGGUUGUUGCAGAGAAUCAUGAGCGGGGUUUUCGUGGUGUCGGACCGCCGGAGUUCUGCUUUGUGCUUUAUGCCUGCAAAGUGGAGUAAAAAUAUUGAAAAAUACUGUCCGGAUCGAAUGAAAUCAUGUCACGUGGUGUUGAAAU